UGAACUUUUACUCAAGAUUCAAUUCAUUUUUUAAUCGGAAAGUUUGCAUGAAAAAAACCAGUUAAUAUAUAGUUUUUGUGCAGUUUAGUAUACAGUUUUUAAAAAUUUCAAUAUGGAGCAAACCAUAAAAAUCAAGCAGGAACCUGGCUUAAAAACACGAGGCAAUACCACGAUAGCGACAGCACCAUCGUUGACGACACAGUCAGCAGCUACAAUCAGUGUCAAGUCUGAGCGAUUGACCUCUUUUCGAGUUCCCAGGGAUCUUACCCUUGGGGGUUUAACUAACGGACGCAGCACUAAACCGGUGGCUAAUAAAAAGGUGUACACACCGAAUCUAAAUGCCGUCCGUAAUAAGGACACCAACGUGAAAACCGCAUCCAGUGGUACGAAACAUCGUGUCAAGACUGAACGAAACAAAGAUUCCAAAGCUAAAACUAGCAGAGGUUCUUUAAUUCAGACUUCCGGUAUAUUCUCCGAGGGCUUAGCACAGCGUACACUUCAGAAAUCAAGAAACGAUAGGUAUAAUAACUCCUCAUCAAAGGAGCCAGGAGAAGCAAUUCGGAAGCCAGUUUUUCGAACUGAAAUUAAGAUAGAUCCAGAGGAUGAGCGGAAACGAAUCUGCGAUCUCUUUGGAGAACUAGAUGAAGAAACCGGCGGGGACACCAAAAAGGACGGACACGAUGCUAAUAUGCCGGUUAAAUUAGAAAAUUCGGACUAUAGAUUUAAACCUGCCGCUCUGAAAAUAGAAGUUAAAGAUGAACCAAUGAUACCGAAAGCAGAAGUUAGAGAUCUACUCGAUUCAAUCAAUGCCAACCAAGCCGAUCAAAGUAAUUUCUUUCUUCUACAAUUGCCGGACGCAUUACCUGGUCGUACGGAUAAUGACCCUAAAAAGUCUUCUGAAUCGCAAACUACGGAGAAUACUGGAAAUCAAAAUGGACUGGAUCCGCCCCGAUGCACGGUACGAGAACUAGAGGAAGGUUACGUUGGCAAAGUGUUGCGAUAUCGAUCUGGUAAAGUCAAGCUUUUGCUUGGGAACACGAUGUUCGACCUGACGUUGGGAAUGGACAGUGGUUUCCUGCAGGAGCUGGUUUCUAUCAAUACAAACACAUCGGAACGUAGUGGGAACAUUAUAGAUCUAGCAACUAUCAAAGCCAAAUUGAAUGCAUCACCAGAUUGGGAACAUCUGUUCAGAAAAUAAAUUAUACACCAUGAAUCGUUUG